AUGGCCUUGAGCUCCGCCCAGGCGCCGGCGGCGAGGCCUGCUGCUUCCCGUCCAGAUCUGAUCGUGAACCUCUACAGCCUAACGAUGGCGGGAUUCAGAAGCCUUGCACCCAAGACCAGGAACCUGGUGGUGGCUGGGGGACUGUCUGCCUUCGUGCUCGGGGUCUACUACUACACCAUGAGAGCGGUGGGAGGCACGGACGAGCUGCAGGUGGCGAUUGACAAGUUUGAGGACAUGAAGAAGGAUGCUGCCAGAAACUCCAACGCAGGAGGAUCAUAA